AAAGAAAGAAAGAAAGAAAGAAAGAUGUGGAAGGUUAGUGAGGAUGCGAUGCUCUACGCAGGGGUGAAGAAGUAUGGGAGAUUCGCAUGGGAGGCCGUGUCCGCGUCUAUGUUCGAGCACAGUAGAUCGUGGCGUGAGUGCAAAGAAAGAUACGAAAUACUCACCGAGCCGAAGUUGUGGACCAGUGAAGAAGACGCCCUUCUAAAGACGGAGGUUGAGAAGUUCCACUCGUUUGUGCUGUGGGCAACGGUGGCGUCCGUGAUGAGACGUCCACUCCAGUCGUGUCGCAGGCGGUAUUUGUCUCUGACGAAACCUGACACGAUUCCUCCGACUCGGGGUUUGGAUAAAGUCAAAGCAGGUUCAAAAAAGAUUCAGAAGUCCGCCGGCAGCGCAGGCGCCAGACAGAAGAUGAAGAGGAAGAUCCAGCUCUGA